UCUAGAACCUUAAAAAUGUUUUUGUUGACUUGCAUACUUCUUCUUCUGGUGGCUUCACAGUCAGUUGAAAGUGUACGCUUUAGCAAAUCGACUUUAACAAAACUCUCAAAAGGUAUUAUCAAUGCGAAAGACAAUGUAGAAAUAAUAACAAGCACCGCUGGGAUUGGAUUUGGGACGGCAGAUACAUACGGCGAGUCGGUAGCUGUUGGUGAAGCAUUGGAUAAAGUGAGGGAAGGGAAACUGGAAGAAGCUAGGGAAGACCUAGUGGAGUUUGUGACGGUAUUGUGUUUGAUUGACAUACCGGGUACUGUCCAGCCAGCAGGAGAGCUGAUCAGCGGAGUUGUUAUGAAUGAAAAGAAUUUAAAGAUGGCACCAGUAAGGGAUGCGAUUAAAGCCAUGAACAAACACGUGUCAAACUUUUUAACGGAAAUCCCUGAUAAACUGCCGAACCGAAUUAAAAAUAUUGGUAAACACCUGUCAAAAUUUAAAGGCAAAGUGGCCACAGCUUUUAAAAAUGGAGCGUCCUCAUUGAAGACAAGCUCACCAAAAGUAUGGAAUGCGUUGUCAGGCACUGCGAAAUCAUUGAAAACAUACAACCCUUUAAAACUCAUUAAAGCCGCUGGUGUGAUCGAUUUUUUGACGAUAGGCUACUCAAGUUUUGAGUUAGGGCGCGCUGCGAAAACAGGAGAUGUGGACACUAUUGUUGAAUCUAGCAUCGCGAUUGCUGGUAGUUUGUUUUCAAUCGUUGGUGCACUGGCAGCCACAGGUAGUGCGCUGGGUCCAAUUGGAACUGUUGUUGGGGCAAUUUUAGGAGGUAUCGCUUGCAUCAUAAAUAUUUUUAAACCUGAUCCACAGGGAGAUUUAGAUCAGAGCGUAGCUGAAUACGAAAGAUAUGGCAUGCUUUCAAUCGAAGAGCUACGCAAAGAUUUCGCGUACAUGCCGGCUGUUAAUGUGUACAAACGAAAAUUAGACUGGCUGUUCGAGAACAAUCAAGGCUCGAUGUAUGACAUCAAAGGGUUGCGACCGACUACUGCACUAACUUUUGACUAUCAAAAUAUAAAAACAAAACGAAACUUUGAAUACACUGCCCUUGGAACAUGUCCAAAAGUGAAGGGAUUCCCACGAUGCAUUGCGAUAGGAGAAAAGAGAUAUAUUGACAAGAAAGACUAUCAUGGUUGGUGGAGCACUCUGAGAGGAAAACAAAAGCUAAUUCAUGAGAGUGAUUUUUAUGGUAUCAUAAGCAACAUGACGUACGGCGGUACAACAAUCAUCAUACGAAGCAACCAUUAUAAAGACGAUCAAAAAGUUAGAGGGAUCAAAAUCGAUACUUUGCCACCAUUAUGGACCGCCGUUCAAACAGCCAAUGACCAUAUUGUGUUGCAUGAUCUCAGUCGAUUGUCCAGUGGGAAAAAAGUGAAUAUUAAUCUACGAGGUGGACGGAACACUGUGAAUAUCAAUGGGAUUGUUGGAAAUUUUGUUGAAGGUUCAACCACAAAUAUAUUUGACAUCAAACUUCAAGCCGAUAAAGAGAAACCACUUUCGGUGUUGUCUUUCGCUGGAAUGAAAAACAACGUUGCUUUUUUGCGUCAAAAGAUUUCUGGAAUGGUUUAUUAUGCAAAUCACGCACAAACUGGAAGAGGGUUAAUCUGCUAUGUAGGGUUAAACCAUAAGCGAUACUGUCCUGGCUACAUCGAUCCGAUUCCUUGGUUAGCCACGUCACCGUUUAACGACAAAGUCGUAUUAAACGCACGUCAUAAUAUGACGGUAGUCAACAAAGAAGGAAGAAACACCUAUGUGAUACAAAUCGAUGAAACUAUGCAGACGCUCGACCCACAGGAAAAAAUAUCCUAUCGUAUCAUAGACUCGUCAGUUCAUGCUGCAAACUUGGAAGUUAAUGCACGUGUGGUGACUCCCGACGCUAUAGUUUACAGAGAAAAGAAAGCUGUUUUUGAAAUUUAUGGAAAGUUCUGGAAUACAUCUUCGUUUGGAAACGUGGAUUAUCGAAUGAUUCGUCGUGCUGUUUUUGCCGGGUCGAAGCAUAUGCCCAAUACGGUGAAAUUAUUUAAGUCCCUUAAUCUGGAUGACAUUCCUAGAACGGCACAAUUCCAGAAAAUAUAUUCGUAUCCUAGGAAUGGUGUGUUUUAUUUACAAAUGAACGCCAGACUAGACGGAAACUUAAAGGUAGCAAAAUCGAUUUGUUUAUGUGCUCCACACAAGGUCGAGUCAUACUAUUAUCUUGAUAUGGGACGGGGGUUCAAUGUUUUAUAUCUUAGUAGCGAGUUUUGGAUGAAUUUCAGACAGGACAAAUUUAUGUUGACAUUGGUAUAUGACAAGGUGGACAUGAAGACGAAUAAGUAUGGAUGGAUUUUGAAGAUACGUCGUAAAGACGAUCCGGACGAGGUACAACUACCGCGCCAUGAUUUAUUGCUUAAGAAUGUCCACAUCAUCAUGAUGCCUUCUUUGUUAGGUACCAUAUUUGAUUUAACGGACAAUGAUGCUAUGGUAACAGAAGCUGAUUUAUGGCGAAGAAGACAAGACCGAAUUACUUUUGCAUUUAACACAAACGUUGUGGGGACAGAUUUAGAUGACUACGCCUUGAUUUUUCCCAGAAAUUCUGGGUUUACAAAAAAUUCCGAUUUUGAGUUAGACCUGGGAAAGGGCACUGACACUGUUGUUAUCACAGAAUCUUUACAAAAAUUCACAAACGAUUUAAAAUACCGCUUUGUUAACGAAUCAGGAAAUAUCAACAUGGAGAUCACACACGUUCCAGUUUUCGGUCAAAUAAACUUUUUGGGGAAAGUGGUAAUACGGAAUGUUGAUAGAGUCGCGUGUGAAGUACAUGGUGUAAUCCGAACCCUAAAAACAUGGAAUGACUGUGAGACUUUUGAUGAUUUCAGAGACUUGAAGGUAGAAUGCCUGACUCUUUAUCGAGCAGUCAUAAAAUCAUACGGCAUAACAAAGUAUGACAAAGAUGUGAAAUGUAAAGAAGAAUGUCCACGACAUAGACCGUAACUUUAAGAAAAUGUAAUUUUGUAUUGCAUAAAUAAAAACACAUCCAUUAAAAAAA